CGCUCGCGUACCCCACAUGGCCGCCGCCGGCGACUCCUCCUCCUCCUCCUGCGGCGGCGGCGGCUGCGGGCCCCACUGCUCCUCCUCGGCGGAGGAUGCUACGGCGGAGAGGAUGGGCCGCCUGUCCCUCUCCCGCGAGUGCGGCAAGUGCGGCGGCGGCGCCGUCGCCGUCGCUGUCGCCGGAGGCGUCGGCCUGUGCGGCGACUGCUUCCGGGCGCACCUGUUCGGGAAGUUCAAGCUCGCCGUGACGAGCAACGCCAUGGUGCGCCCCACCGACUCCGUCCUCCUCGCCUUCUCCGGCGGCCCCGCCUCCAGGGUGGCGCUGCAAUUCAUACACGAGAUGCGGUCCAAGGCGAUUGAGAGCUGGGACGCGAGCAAUUCGCAAGCCCUGCCUGUCUUUGGUGUUGGAGUGGCGUUUGUGGAUGAAAGUAUAUUCUGUUUGAAGCCGAAACACGAAAUCGAAGCGGCGAUUGAAGAUAUCAAGUCAAUCGUGUUGAGUUUGUCGGCAGGCGUUAAGGCAAUGCACAUUGCGCCUCUUGAGGAUGUGUUCUCGACGGGAUCGAAGGAUGGGGAAGGCAGGUUGAGGGAGGCGGUAGAUAUGAUUGAUGAUGACACUGGGAGGGAGGAUUUUCUUCAAUGCUUACGCAUGCUUUUGUUGCAAAAGAUUGCUCUGGAAAAUGGGUACACCAAGAUUAUGCUGGGAUCAUGUGCUUCUGCAAUAGCAUGCCAUGUUCUGUCUGCAACGGUGAAGGGGCAAGGUUAUGCUUUACCAGCUGAUGUCCAAUAUGUGGAUACACGGUGGGAAGUACCUGUUGUUCUUCCACUUCGUGAUUGCCUGGCCCAAGAGCUUAUUCUCCUCUGUGAAUUAGAUAGUUUAAAAACACAGGAACAUAUCAAUAAGCCUUCAAAUGGUAUCAACAGUUUGGUUGCAUCAUUUAUUGAACGACUACGGGAAGAGAACCCUUCUCGAGAGCAUACCAUUGUAAGAACUGCGCAAAAGCUCAAGCCCUUCUCUUUUAACAAAUUCUCAGCAGAUGGCUAUCAUGAUUUCCUACCAUCGCGGCUACGUCCAAAAUUCCAGAAGGUUGAUAGCGAUGAGUCCACUUUUCCUGAGAUUCUUUGUCUGAUAUGUGGAAGCCCGUUCAGUGAAUCAGAACUCCAGAAUUUGGAAAGCACAAAACACGAGGCUCAGAAGAAAAUUGAUCUUUAUACUUCUCAUUGUUGUCAAAGCUGUCAUUUCCAGAUUCUACCAAAUGAUGAAAAUUUGAAUGAGCAUUUCUUUUCACUACUACCAAAAUUCUGGACUGGAAGAGUGGACACUGUAUCUGCCAGCCAUAGCUUGCUCAGAGAUCAAAUAGAAGAGUACCUUCUUGAAGACAAUGAUGGAAACUGAACUUGAUGUUUCAGUGAAGCCUAAAUAUAUUUGCCAGAAGGACAGCAGAGAUUCCUGCCUAGUUCGGCUUCCCACCACGGCAUAACCGGAUAAGCCAAACUUGAUUCAGAUAAUAUGUUUCUAUCUAGCAUAACAUUAUUUCAGAAUUCUGUCACAUACUUACAUGUUCCAUACAUUAUAUUCUUGAUUCAAUUCCUGAUGCUUGCGUAUGUCCUUCCUGCUCUCCUGCUCUUAAGAGUUGAAACCUGUAUGAAAUCCGUGUAGUGAUAGCCUGAUGGGAGCAAACCGUCACUUGCCAGCAAGUUUCCACCGAUCUCAAGGCAACAGACAUUGGACAGAAACUUCCAUGUGAUUACAGUAUUCUGAUUGGUCACAUCUCCUGUACCAACUAUUCUGUCUGAAAAGAUUGUAACCUGAAGAAUUUAUUCAAUUAUUUUGGAACAAGCUUCUGUAUACAAGAUUUGUACAUACUAUGUUUUCAAUCAAAUGCGACGUCUUAUUGCCUCUUCCCAUGUAUCAUGCCUUCAUGGAAACUUUU